AUGCCCCCCAAGAAGGUGGCAGGUGCGUGUUGCGGUGUUGAGGACGUGGGCCGCAUAUUUCAACAGAUUCAUCAAAGUGCUGCACAUUUCCACAAGUGUAAGACGAGUCUGCUAAAGUAUGCUGACAAGGAUCGCACAGGCAUCACAGAUGCUGUGUCCCGCGUGGCGCUACUUGUGUUGAAGGAGUCACCGCGGCUCGCACCAGACUCCCUCAAGCGUCACUACGGCUUUCUUACGGAGGUUUGCAAGGGCUUUCGUGAGCGUUUUAAUUCGGACGGGAUUGCCAUUGCUUUAAUGAAGACCGUAGAGCCAUUUCACAACGCCAAUGACAAGAAUGUGCGUCUUGGUGUUGUUUCGGUGUUUGAUGCUCUUUUGAGGACGGUGGACCAAACGGAUACAACAGAGGAACGACAGAACUUUUACCAGAACGUCGCGGAGAUGUUGAAAUUACGGGCGCACGACAAAUUUCCCGCAGUACGAGAGCGGGCCGCUUCCGCCGUCUCGUGCUUUCAGUCAGGCAAAAAGGAUUGUGACGUGACGCAGCAACUUAUGGCAUUGUUGUGCACGGACAGUUCUGCUGAUGUGCGGCGACAGAUACUUCGGUGUAUAUGCGCACGAAAAGAGUUUCUCGAGGGGUAUUUUCAAGGCAUGAUUCGCUGUGUGCGUGACGUUGUUUCGCGUGUACGCGUAGAGGCGUGGGAUGCACUUGGCCGAUUUCACUGGAAGUACAUUGCGGCGUAUGCCACGGCGAAGAACAUUGCCUUACCACAGUUGAUUCUUCAAGGUCUCUCCGAUACAAGUAGUUCUGUUGUCAUAGCCUGCAGGGCAGCAUUGACGAACUGCUGGUUACAUCGCGACUACAGGGACGACGGCGAGGCGAUGCUGGAGCUCGUACUGGAUGGAGGUGGUGGACUUGAGCCGUACGAGGCAAUCUCCACAGAGAUACUUUUGUACUGCCGCAAACAAAAGAAUACGAAGACGUAUUUGGUGAACACCGAAUCCGUAAGUGCCGCAUCUCUCCUAUUGUGGAAGGCCAGUGCGAAGCUUUUGGCCGAUGCGGAAGGAGAUGAUGAGACGGCUGUUUUGCUGCCGCUGCCGCAGUUCAGCGCGUUAUUGCAGGACACGGUGUACGCCUAUGCCCGGCCCGACGUGGGUCCCAAAACCGUGAAAUUUAAAAACCUGGACGAAGCCGACAUCAUAUUGCGCAUCCUUCUCUCCGUCUUUGAUAUCUAUGAGGAGAACGGUUAUUUGGCACAUGCUGACAACACAACCCGCAGCAGUCUUCUGCGCAUUAUCGGUUUUCUUCUAAAGGUGGUACCGGAUGAUGAUCCCGCCCUGUUUAUUGAUGUGGCCAUCCGUUCACUGAAGUCCUUGACAGGAAGAACACCGGAGGAGGCGACGAAGACAAUCACAUCAUCACUGGACUCAUUAUUUCGUAGCUUGAAGCUGCCACAGAUGUACGCUCUUGGCUACGAUGAUGUGGAGGCAUUUGGACGAAAAAGCCGAGAGCGACAGCGAGAGUUAUUCCGACUUCGUAUGAAGCUCCGCGGCGGAGAGACAUCGCAGGAAGAAUACGAUCGGCUAAAGGAAGAGAUGGACCGAGACGAGAAGUUUUUGUUGCGCAUGCAGUUUAUUAUCUUGUCUUUUCUCUCUCACUCUCAACGGGGGGAUAACAUCCCUACCUUCUGUUCCCAUAUUAUCCAGUUGGGCCGACAGCAGGACAACGAGAUUGUGAAGGUCGCCUCUACCACUUCCCUGGGACUGCAGUGUCUUGUCAACCCUGACACGGUGCAUACAUUUAUGCCACUCAUUCUGAGUGAUGCAAAUGAAAUUGUGGGGAAUUCGGACCGGUGCGUCGCGCUUGCUGCGUUAGGGGUUGCCUUUGAUUUGGUGAUGGAAUAUGGCCUGCGUUUUUUCGACUGCCCCGCACGUGACGCCGGUUACAGCAGUCAUAAUGAUCAUACUGGCGCUGCCGAACUGGGAGCUGCUACGGUCACCAAACAUACAACAGCAAUGGCUGCCACUGCUAUUACCUUUUCUAACAAUAAUGAUGAUGCUACGACGACGAAUACUACCACUACUACUACUACUACUACUACUGCUGCUGCUGCUGCUUCCGGUGGUGGUCUUACUGCAAGUGGUGUGGAGGCACGCCUACAACAUGAACGAGCCCUAGCACAGGAGGAUGAACAUAGAGUUGGUGGCAACAACCUUCUAAACACAUUGCGUUUAUUUCUGCGAUCGCAUUGUACAGAAAGAAACCCAAUGGCAGUUGUUGGAUUCUGUAAGUUGCUUAGCUGCAAUCGUGUUCCCCAUACUCAGGUGCCGGAGAUUAUUGCUGAUAUUUUGAUGCACUACGUGGCAUAUCGUCAGGAGGAAAAGGGGAAUGCCUGUGCAGCUUAUAUGGUGGAUUACCUGAACAAAUUUCUUUACAGCUUUGCCUCCAGUCAUCCAAACAGACAAUUGGCCUUUGCUCAAGGAGGAAUGAUGGCCUUUACGGCACUCUUACGGUACAACCCCAGCGUCGCUCUACGCCUAAUGGAACUUAUUACACGACUCUCUGACGCGUAUGUACUAGUGCACAUCCGUGAGAUUGAUCCAGUGACGGCGAAACAGGUUGCACGUUUGGCCGAGGGAGGGAAUCAAUCUACGGAAGAUUCCACUUUAACCAAAAACAGUUCGACUCGCACCACAGCAACACGUAAUUCCACGCGAAGUGGGCAUCUGUUGCGUGAGUUAAGCCGGUUUUCUCUUCACGAAUACAUUGCAAGUGAACUCCUUAUUGAAAUUGCACAAACCGAUUCCGAAGAGGUGUUGGAUGCAUGUCUGGACACCCUAGAGAAGCGUAUGUACUUUUACGCGAAAGAAGUUCCUACUUGGCUCCUAUUUGUUGCCAACCGCGCCCUCGACACUGUGUGCAGUAGCGCGAAGGGUCGUUUACAGAAGUGGCGUGAUGAAGUGUGCAACCGUUUUUUAAAUUCAACAGAGAGUGAUGGAGUAGCCAAUGAUGCCAACAUGGCGAAGUGGCAGGAUACUUUGGAGGCACGGGAACGUGCCCUUGAGAGACUGCUUGACAGUGACAUUGCGAACGUUGUUUGCCAGACCAUUCGGUGCGUGCAACCAAGGGAUGUCUCUGAUGUGGGGUUGUCGGCGGUAAAGGUGGAGAAUAAACGUGCACGGGAGACGGAUACGACAUUUGGCAUCAAUUCCAUUUUAGGCCGCCAACGAAGGACGCGCCGAUGA